ACUCUGACUUCCCCCACAAAAGUGCAAACGCGCACCUCACAUUGCUCUGCGAGCAUCACUCAUUCCUUCACUUCCAACUUGUACAGGAGCCAGGAGCUCACAUCUCAAAUCGCACAGGCUGCAUCACAUUUCUCCAUUUGUUCCCCCCUCUCCAGCCCUUUCCCACCCCUCUUUUCUCGACCAGCACAAGAUGACUCCGUUCGCCCGCGUCUUCUUGCUUCUCCUCCCCCUUGUUCAGCUCGCCUGUUCGGUGCCUCUUGGCAACAGCCUCAACGAACGACGGCAGACGAGCGGCGGCGCAGCAGCUGCCUCUCCCUUCCAGGGCAAUGCUCGCUUCUCGAGCUCGAGCACAAGCAACUUCCCUCAAGCUCCACCCUUGCCACCUCUGAGAGCUCUCAACACCCGCCCCGCUGUCUCUUCUGCCCCGAAUGACGAAGAUGCAAGUGAUGCGCAGACCACAACGCCCGCUGCUGGAGACGGCGUUGGCUCUGCUUCAAGCUCAAGCUCAACCGUUCAGGACGACGUCACUAGCACAGUCGAUGAGAGUGUCCAGCCCACCUCAGACUCCCGAGUGCUCGCUGCCACAGCUCAAGCAGCAGACGCUAAUUCCGAGCUACAAUGGAUUCCUUCAGCCGAUGCGAAACAAGGAGAGCAAGAUGGCACGUCCGACUCUGCAAGCAGCGCAGGCAGCGAAGCUGCUUCUGCUUCGGAUGACGACGAGUCUUCGGACAGUGCAGCCUCUUCGGCAAAUCAGCUCGAUUCCACUAACUCCGACUCAACGGACAGCGCCUCGACUCCUGCCUGCGGGGCUGCGGCUCAGCAAUUGAGUUCUGCGCAAGCGAAGAAAUUGAUCGCCCAAGCAGUCUCUUCCGUCACUGCCGCUAUGGCCUCAGCGACCGCUACUGCUACACACACCUUCGAUGAUGGCAUGUGGCACCCCGCUACUUCUUCGGCCAUCCCUUCAGCCACGUCUGAUGCCUCUUUGAACUUCAAGAGCAAUUCUGAAGAUGCAGAGGAGGACGCCUCAGCCUCUGACGAAGUCGGCGACGAAGGCAUGCAAGAUGUCACCUCCGCCGACUCUGCAGCUUCGGGCGCCCAAGACAGCUCAGCAGAUGAGAGUGACGCUUCGGUAGAGCGUCGCAGCAUCUACCAUACUCAUCAUGGGAAAGACAAGAAGAAGGUGGACAAGUCUUCAAAGGUGACACCUCCCGCUUCGAGCACCAAGUCCAAGAAAGGUCACAAGUCGAAGAAGGGCAAGAAGUCCAAGUCGAAGGGCAAAGGCAAAUCCAAGAGCAAAAAACAAAAGAUCUCCAAGAAGCGCGCUUUGCAAAUCGUCGUUGCUGGACCAUAUCGCAGACGUUCGCUGGUCGUGACUGGAUCAGACGGUGCCUCUAUCAGCCUUGUUGGUGGGGAUGCUGACCUGCUGCAGGCUAAUAUCAAGUCAAGCAACGGCGCCUUGAUCCAUUUGAAGUCGAGGGCGCACAACCACCCGCACGAGCAUGACCACGAACACGAGCACGCUCAUGUCCACAGUCACAUUCAUUCCCACGGUCACUACCAUCGUCGUGAUCUCGGAGCGGGCUUGACUUCGCUUGUCGGACAACUCGGCGUUCUGCAGCCUUUGGACGGCGCUAUGUCGGGCACGGGAUUGUCUCAGCUGGUAGCGAACCUCGUGCUCGCUCCUCUGCAGGCCGUCGGUUCUGCAGCUACCAGUGCUCUGGGAGGUGUAAUGUCACCAGGUCGAUUUGCUACUGGCCCCGCAGACCCCAACGUGCCUUCACCCAAUCAAUCCUCUGCGACCAACAGCACUUCGGCGUCAGCCCCUCCUGUCUUUAUGCUCUCGCCCAGCACUAGCUCUUCGGGCGUCAAGCUUCAGCUGAUCGAAAUGCCCGACUCGGAUGGCGGAAGCGGUGCUAAUGCCGGAUGGAAGCAAGUCGAGUUGCAGGCCACGUUGACUACGGCACCUUCCAAUGAGCCGCAUCUCUACUGUGCAACGAUUCGCAAACCCGCUAGUCUUCGUAUGGAAAUCUGCGACGAUGAGGCCUCCAAGACGACGGCCGACGGGUCGGCUCCCGACGAUCAAGCUGCGAGCAGAAGAUUCUUGUACGACCCGACCACUGGCGAGGUUGUGCCAGCGUCCGCUGCUUCUGCAAGGACGACGCCUGCUGCACCUUCCGCACCAAGCUCAAGCGCCGCCUCCAGUAGCACCUCUCUGACUCCAGCCAGUACAUCCACCAGUGGGACCGGCGCACCAGCUCAAGUGGCCUCUAUGCCUGUCCCACCGGCGCCCAAAGCUGCACCGAGCCGCCGUGGUCUUGGCGCCGCCAACCUUGGAGACAAUUCUUCAGAUGCCAAUCAAUCGACGCAAGUAAAGCUAGUCUUCUUCGUCGACGCUCCUAAAGGAGCAGAUGCGAGCGCAGCUCAAGCAGCUCAAGAUGAUGCUUCUUCCUCCGACACGCAGAGUGCAGACAGCAGCAGCAGUGCAGUAACACCGAGCGAUGCAGCACUUCGUCCUGCAUUGGUGUCGGAUGCGCAGGACGAUGCAGCAAAUGCUCACGAGGAGGCGACCGAUGCAGAUGUUGCAGGAGAUUCAGACGGUGACACUAUGCCUGGAGAUGAUGCUUCGUCAGAUGCACCUGCCGACAGCGACACUGGUGACUCUCGAUUUGCCUCCAAUAGCGCCGUUACGGAUUCGAGCGAUGAUGCGCAGGACCAAGAUAGCACUGAUGCUGAUGAAGAAGAUCAAAGCAGCGGAUACUCUGCUUCUUCCUCGGCUCCCGCCAGCGCAACUGCCACCAUCACAGGAACCAGUCUCACUGGCACGAGCGGGUCGGCGUCCGCUACACAGGCCGCUUUAACAGCCACAUCUUCUACCGUGGCCGGCGCCACUGGUGUGCCUUUGCUCUCGGCACAGAUGGCCACUACCCUCUACCCGCAAUCUUCUGCUGCUCCAGCUCCGACAGCAAGUGCCGGCGAUGCUUGAACUUUUCGAAUCGGCUGCACAGAAAGAAACUCAGGCGCCACUUCCCUCAGCUCGCCGUCCGUCUAUCAUACCCGCGCCACCUCGAGCUCCAGACCGAACAACUUCUUACUCUUCUAGUGCUACGUAUAAUCACAUG